AUGAUUCUUAACAUUUUUCCAACAGAUCUCUCUCAUAAUCGGAUUAUUCGUUUAUAUUUAGAAAACUUCAGAGUAGCGAAAUUGAAUGGAUUUAGACGCGUCUUCGCUCACGUCGCUCCAAUUUUCUUCGACCGCGGCAUCGCCAAGCCAGAAACCAAGUUCUUACCUGAAACACUUGAUGGGGAGCCCUUUGCCAAUCCAGCCGAUGUGCUUUGUGCUCGUUACAGUGAUGAGGAAUUCUUUCAAAUUGGAUGCAAAGGAAGUAAGGAUAUUUAUUUCCAGCAUUAUGGUCGAUACAACAUCGAUAAGAUUUGGCGCGAUGAUAUCUUGGCAUGCCGUGUUUACCUCAGACAGUGCGUAUUGGCAACUAAGAAUGUUGGUGAUAUUGCCUACGAUAACUUUCUGGAUUACACUUUCCUCGCGGACCGAACAAUCACCAUCGGAACAUAUUUGGCAACAACAGGUUCAGGCAUCAUAGAAGAGGAGCCUCCAGCAUCUCUCAAGUCUCGUUAUGGUGGCUGACAAUAGACAACUUGACAGGCUAUGCAUUUGACAUUUUGGUGCUGACUACUAGACCGGAGCCAAACGAGCACUGUUUCAAUGAACCAUUCUUGCUUCAUCAUUUGCCCGUUCAACUGG